CCAUCAACUCCACGCCAUCGCCGCCAAACUCGGUGCUACCACGGCCAUUGCCACCACUAGACUCUGCUGCUGCCGUCACUAGAGCCCUACACUCGGCCACCAUGAAUACUAUUAAUAACCACGCCCCAAUUCUAAUCACCUCCAUUAAGAAGCAAGAAGCACAAUCUUGAGAAAACAAAAAGGAGGCUCUUGAUGCAAACAAUGAAGAGGAAAUGGCCAUGCCUCAAAACACAAAUUAUAGGUAAGGACUCCAGACCCAAAAGUCACUGAUUCAGUUUCUUAAGGUUUAAGUUCUGUAUGGUUUAAAAGCUGGAGCAUUACGAGAUUAUUUGGCAACUGAAGUUAAAGUUCUUACCUUUGAGGUUAUUUGGCAACUGUAGUUGAAGUUCCACAUUAAGUUUCUAGCUUUUGUCCCAUCCACAACACCAACCCCCUCCAUGAAGUUAUCUCGUUGUCCAACGCACGAUAGAACUCUAGUCUCUCCAUAAUGAAUCCAUAAUAUUUUCUCCAUCACAUCCGAGCCAAAGCAAAAGGAAAUUUCGAGAGGAUGCGAACGAUGGGUGACGACCGGGCUUUUGUCGGCAGUGAACCCGAACCCGAACUCGAACCCCUGUUGUUUGCCCAUGUGCCGCCACUCGCCGCCUCCUACAGCGACCAGAUCCGCCCCUUGCUCAAUGCUAUUGACAGGCUGCGAAACCUCGGGGUCAUGGAGGAGGGCAUCCAUCUCCCCACCAUCGUCGUCGUUGGUGACAAGUCCUCGGGCAAGUCGAGUGUCCUCGAGUCCCUCGCCGGCAUCAACCUGCCGCGAGGGCAGGGCAUUUGCACGCGCGUCCCUCUCAUCAUGCAACUACAAGACGACCCUCAAGCCGAUCGCCCCGAGCCCUACCUCUACUACAACGGCAAAGUCGUCCCCACCGACGAGGACAGCAUCUCCAAGGCCAUUAAUGAUGCCACCGACGAGAUCGCGGGUCAAGGGAAGGGUGUCUCGAACACGCCGCUGACUCUGGUCAUCAAGAAAUAUGGCGUCCCGGACUUGACCAUGGUCGACUUGCCUGGAAUCACGAGAGUGCCCGUGCACGGCCAGCCCGAGAACAUCUACGAGCAGAUCUCGGAGAUGAUCAUGGAUUACAUAAGGCCCGACGAGAGCAUCAUCCUCAAUGUCUUGUCCGCGACCGUUGACUUCUCCACUUGCGAGUCCAUAAGGAUGUCGCAAAUGGUGGACAAGACCGGCAAGAGGACUCUAGCCGUCGUCACAAAGGCUGAUAAAGCUCCGGAGGGCUUGUUGGAGAAGGUGGGGGCUGAUGAUGUCAAUAUAGGGCUUGGUUGUGUGUGUGUGAGGAACAGGAUUGGUGACGAGACCUAUGAAGAAGCGUGGCUGGAAGAGGCGAAGCUGUUCGACACGCAUCCUCUGCUGUGCAAGAUUGACAAGUCCAUCGUUGGUGUGCCUGUCUUGGCACAAAAGCUGACGCAGAUUCAAGCCACCAUCGUGGCCAAGUAUUUGCCCGAGAUCGUCAUGAAGAUAGAUGACAAGCGGGACGCAAACGUCGCGGAGCUUAAGAGGAUGCCCAAGAAUCUGUCGUCGGUCGAGGAUGCCAUGAUGGCCUUCAUGGAGAUGAUGGGGUCGGCGAAGGAGUCGCUGAGGAAAGUCUUGCUGAGAGGCGAGUUAGACGAGUACCUGGACGAGAAGGACAUGCACUGCACUGCCAGGCUGGUAGAGAUGCUGAACCAAUACUACGAUGAGCUCCAAAACUGCACCGAGAACAACCUGCAGAGUAACUUCUUGUUGGAGGAAAUGGAGAUCUUGGAAGAGGUCAAAGGGAUCGGCCUCCCAGACGUCCUCCCUCACACCGCCUUUCCCACCCUUUUGCAGCGGAAGGUGAAGGGGAUAUCGAGCAAGCUGCCGAGUUUUGUGGUUCGCGUUUGGGACUACAUUGAGGGAGUUGUGAUUCGGUCGUUGAUGCAACACUCAGAGAAGUAUCCUCAGCUGCAGUCGUCGACGAAAAGAGCAGCGUUCAAUCUGAUCAACAAGAUGAAGGAGAAGACGAUUGAUAGGAUGACAGAGAUUGUUGAAAUGGAGAAGCUCACUGACUACACUUGCAACCCUGAGUACCUGUUGGAGCGGAACAAGUUGAUGACCCAGCAGGACAUGUUCGUUAACAAUUAUAAAAGCAAGAUCGUCAUUGACCUCCAGGGGAUCGGGUUAGUCAACGUGACUCAUCUGUGGCUUCGCAACCAGAAGCUGAUUCAGCAGGCGUUUGAUCUGAAGAUGAGGAUGACCCCGUACUGGAAGAUUGUGCUGAGGAGGUUUGUCGACUCAGUGGCACUGCAUCUGAGGUUCAGCAUGCAGAACUUGGUGAACAAGGAGAUGGAGAAGGAGAUUUGGGGCGAGCUGAGUGGGGCCGGUAUCAAGAGGAUGAUGGAGGAAACGCCGGAGAUGGCGGAGAAGCGCUUGAAGCUGAACAGGAGCAUCAAGCAGUUGAAGGGGUCUGCGAAGGUGUUGGCCAAGUUCAUGGACCGGAUUGCUACCCAUGGCAACUACAAUCACUAAUUAGUGUUUGAGUGAUUAUGUGAAGGAAAAAAUAUUUAUCAGCGUGUUCUUGUUUGGUUAGGUGGUUCUACUGGACUUCAAUUAGCUUCGUAUGAUAAGUUGUUGAUGAUGCACUAGUUCAGAUGGCCAUGUUUGUUGAUCUAGAAGUCAGCUUUA